AUGGCACCCGUUGAGGGUAAGUACCCGGUAUUACUACUGUAUGACGAUUUUCUUGAAGAAUUAGCUUUCAUUAAGGUUCAUGGUGGAAUUAAAAGGCAGUUUAAAAUAAAACUAAGUUCUUCUGAGAUAAUGAAAUCCAAAAUAAGUCGGCAUGAUAGAAGGGCUAUGCGGCCAGAUUAUUUGUUUAUUUUGUUAAAGAAACAACAGAUGACCCAAAUAGGUAUACACAUAGCUACUUGUCUUCGAAAGAAAACCUUCCACGGUGCUCCUAUUUUAGUAAACAACCUUCUUAAUGACGACUAUCUACAGAACCUCAUUCAGCAUGACGAUGGAUAUAGAAUUCUUAGUAGUGUGAGAAAUUCCCCAGCACACUGGGAAGAAGAAAAGAAAAAAUUGUUAGCAAUGAUUCGGCAGUUCGGUGUCCCCACAUUGUUUAUGACGAUAUCAGCAGCUGAAACGCAAUGGCCUCAUUUAAUAAAACAGCUUAAAAACAUAGUUGACAAAGAGGAAGUGUCUCUUGAGGAAUCACAAAAUAUUCCAUACACAGAAAAAGUGCGACUCAUUCAGUCCGACCCGUUUAUAUGUGCUACUUUAUUCGAAACACGUUAUAAAGAAUUUAAAAAAACAUGGCUGUCUCCUGUUGGGUCUUUUGGUGAACGUAAAAUAAACCAUCAAUACCAACGAAUAGAAUUCCAAAACAGAGGUUCUCCUCAUGCCCAUAUGAUGUUGUGGAUAAAAGAUGCGCCUAUUUUCAUUCCUGGAGAUCAAUCAUCAAUUGAAAAGGUUAUAAUAUUUGUUGACCAAAUCAUAUCCUGCAAUAGUGACGAAUUAGAUGAUGAUUUAGUUAAGAUACAAACCCACAAACACACACAUUCAUGUCAUUCCAAGCCAAGUCGUCUUUGUAGGUUUGGAAUACCUUUUUUCCAAGGGAUAAGACACGUCUUCUGA